AUGAGCCUGAACGUGAUGAAGAUCCUGCUCCAGAUCCGCAGCUUCGUCGAGUCCAAGAGGGCAAUCAGCAUGGCCAACGCCUUCAGUGGCGGGGUCUUCCUCUCUCUGGCGUUCGGCCACAUGAUGCCGCACGCCACUCUCGGGUUCGAGGAAUCGGGCCUGCCGGCGAACGUGCCGUACUUCCUCACCCUCUCCGGGUACAUGCUCAUCUUCUUCGUGGAAAAGGUGGCGUUCGACGCGCACAACAUCAUGCACGAGGGGGACGGCCACGGACAACAACAGCACGGCGGCGGCAAGGCCGUAGCUGACGGUAGCAGCGUCGCGGCGGUGGCGGCGGGCGGGGGGGAAGGUGGGGUGGCGGCGGGGGGCAACAGCGGGAGGUCGGCGAUCAUCUUGCUGCUUGCGCUGGGCGUGCACGCGCUCAUGGAGACGAUGGCGCUGGGGCUGAGCUCGAAUAGGGUCAGCGCGGGGCUGCUGGCCAUGAGCAUCGGGCUCCACCAGCCGGCCGAGUCGCUGGCCUUGCUGGUAUCCUUCUUGAAAUCAGGGCUGUCUGAGAGGCAGGUGAUCAAGUACCUGUCCAUCUUCAGCUGCCUUGGCCCUGCGGGGCUAGGCCUUGGUAUCGCAAUCUCGGAGUUCGCGGGCAAGCUAGCGGACGCCGUGAUGGUGGCGAUGGCGGCGGGGACGUUCAUCUACGUCGGGGCUACCGAGGUCAUCGCCGAGGAGUUCGAGAGCCCACAUGACAAGUGGAAGAAGUUCUCCGCGCUGACAGCCGGAAUUGUCAUCAUCGCGUAUGUGACUCACUGGGCCGAGUCCCUGGAGCACAUGGCGUGAUUGAUGCCUCUCGACCAAAUCGUUUUCGGUUAGAUAGUGGUUUGCCCCUUUCGACUUACUGUCGUGCUGAAAGUGGCGUCGGCAUUAAGCGUAUGGAGAAAGAUGGUAGAGUAGCGCGCACGACAUCGAAUGUGUUCAGAUAUUGCCUGGCUGGUUGGGGCCCUUGGGGUCAACGAGUCCAAAACAUUUCACGGUUGUUUCGUUUUAUGUGCAAUCGCAUUUACGAUUUUAGACGAGAAGUCGACCAAGGUAUAAACACGCACGUUUGUAGCGACUUUAAAUUUUGGUGUCUAAACUAAUGUUGUGGCCAAAUGGUUGGGGCUGCGUGGUGUCAUUUGUACUAAACGGCGCGCGUGGGAGUGUAUUAACUUGCCUGCGAAGCGUGGGGGAUUUCGAACACAAACCCUCCUAUCCCUUCGAAGCCGGAAACGGAACGCAUCGAUGGUCCGGCGAAGGGGCGGGGGCUGUCAAGCUUAGCAAGAUGGAUCGAUGAUUGCGUGUUGUGUAGAGCGAGCGGGUGGGCAGGCAUGUGUAAGGGACUUUUGGUAGACGUGGCGCACGCGCAAUCGACGACACACAUUAGCAACAUCAACCUCACCACGAGCUUGUUCGUUCACAGAGGAGGGCAGCGCGCACGCGCUUCGUUCGCAUGGCCUUCUUCGGUGCAAGUUGUGAGAGGGCUGACCAGCCGCCGCGCUGGCUUUUUCCUUUUGUCAGACCGCCGUUCUUUUUUUAGUGCGGACGUGACAGGAGCGUUUCCACAAACAAUAUGUUUUCUCUUCUU